AUGAUCAUUUCCGUUGUCGGUUCUGGCGCGAGUUUGAAACUGAGUCCCGUCAUUCGCGAGAAAUUCGGCCGCGGUCUAAUCAAUGCUAUCCUUUCUUCGAACGCCUGGGUUUUAACUUGCGGAACGAAUGUCGGAAUCGCGAAAGAAGUUGGCAACGCCAUCGCUAAAUACGCACUCGGCUGCGCCGACGACAUCAACUUGAUUGGCUUCGUCGGUUGGAACACGCUCAGCGAGUUCAAUCGCACUGGAAUGGAACAGAACCCGAACAGGCGACAUCCUUACACAGCCACUGGCGACGUCAGAGCAUUGGACCCACAUCAUCGUUUUCAAUGUUUCGUCGAUCACGGCGGCCUGGGAGAGCAUGGGAAAGAAAUGACUUACAGAACCCGCGUUGAGAAUUUUCUCCGAAGCAAUCCAGGCGAAGAAGUGAACAUCUUCUCCGUUCCAAAGUAUCAAGUGCCAACAGUGUGUGUAGUCGUACAGGGUGGAUGGACCAGCUUGAAGAAGGCGUACAAAGCAGUUAUGGAAGGAAUUCCAGUGAUUUUGCUCAAAGGAUCAGGUGGCUUCAGCGACGUUAUUGCUGAAGCAUUGGACCUCAAAAUGGACCAAAUAACGCCAGCGAAGGUGAUAGAACUGAUGGAAGAAAACGAUCUUGGCGGCAAAACAAGCGACAUUACCGACAUCAAAAAGUGGACACGAUGGUUGCUGAGCAUGCUUCAGUACAAUAUUAUGUUUGACGGAAAACUGAUAAACGUCUUUUCUUUCUCAGGCAACUCGGAUAAUUUCAUCGAUAAAGCAAUUUUGAAUGCUAUUCUUUCGCUCGAAAAAUCACUGGCGAUGAAGAUUUACAUUUGCAUGGCUUGGAAUCGACCGAAAAAAGCACGAGAAAUUUUGGAAGGCACUGACGAGAUUGAACAACUAGCGCCCAAAGACAGACGAAUUCUCUUCCGAACCUGCAUUCUCAUGGAUAGGGUAAAGUUUAUGGAGAUUUUGUUCGACUUUGACAUUGUCAAUCGCUCGUUUUUAAACGCGAUGAGGUUGGAUCCAAAGUAUGGUCAGAUGUUGGUGCGCUUUUACCGCGAGACACCGCAGUCUGAGUCGCCCGCUUACACACUUUGGGCAAGGCAUCUUCCAGGAGAACAGGUCACCAUUGCAAAUUUGGCGAACUUUGAAAAUAUCAUCUUCAAAAUGGAUGGUUACAUAUCCUGUUACGACAUCGACCAAAUGACUUUCAAGGGAAUCGAGCCAUUCUAUCCGAUGAGGGACUUGUUCUUCUGGUCGCUGCUUAUGGGUCAUUUUGAAAUGUCUUUUGCCCUGUUUUCUAAUGUCGAUCUUGGCCUCACUGCUGCCCUAGCUGGUAUUAGAAUUCUAAAACGGUUGGCAGAAAACUGCGACAAUGAGACUUUUCUGGUGCAAAUCGACGAGUACUCGAGAAAAUUUGAACUGGCGGCGAAGGGAAUUCUGGACAAGUGCUAUGAACACUCCCGCCAGGAUGUAGUGCGGCUUUUAUUGAGGAAGGUGCCGCAUUUCGGCGAUGUGAAAAUGAUCGAUUUGGCGAUUGCUGCUGGUUCGCGCCUUAUCAAAACGCAUCCUGGCGUACAAAUGGUUACUGCCUGCGCCUGGCAAGGUUCAAUGGGAUCAUCAACCAACUGGUCGCGCAUUCUUCUUGGACUCGUCUUCCCGCCUAUUUUGCUGUGGAAAAAGUUUAUUACAUUCUACUAUUCUGACGACGUUGUUCUGUCGGACUCGGAGAGCAUGCUUUUGGUAGCAGUGGCGGCGGAAUUGCACGAUUUGCGCGCUCCUUCUGCGAUGAUGGAUCAGACGCCGCAGCCAACUAGGAGUACAAGUAUUCAGAUGGAAAAAGUAGUAACCGACGGAGAUUCAAUUAUGGGCGACGAGGAGGAUACGAAGCGUCUUAUGGAGCUGCGAGAAGAAAAUGAAGACGAUGACGUUUACAUCGAGGACGGUCUCCCUGUGAAUUUAGUCGAGCCCUCUUGGUUCAUGCGCUUAGCUCUAUUCUAUUCCGCACCGCGAGUGAUCUUUACGACGCACAAUAUCUCAUUUGCUAUUUUUCUUACUCUUUUUGCGCGUGUUCUCCUCCUUGAUUUCGGGACGACGCCUUCGUGGACAGAGUGGGUUCUUUCUUUUUGGGUAUUCUGCUUCGUCAUCGAAGAAGUCAGACAGAUCUUUGAGGCGCCUUCGAUCUCCAAAAAGCAAGGUGCGUUUUUACACUAUAUUCGAAAGGGAUUGAUUGAAUGGAUAACUGACAGCUGGAAUAUCAUUGAUUUAUUCGGCUUUGUUACAUUCUACGUCGGCUUUUUCAUGCGCUUCGUGACAAAGGAAGAGCUGCAAGAAUGCGACGCUUACAUGAUCUACCAAAACGAAUCAAGCUCGUGCGAAGAAAUGAGCGUUGACAAGAAUAUGUACUGGUCGCACGGGCUGAUGUGCAUCAGCUUCGUGCUCUACUGUCUUCGGUUGCUGCACAUUUUCACCAUGAGUCACAAUUUGGGCCCGAAGUUGGUCAUGAUCCGGAAAAUGAUGAAGGAUAUUUUUGUCCUCCUCUCUAUUUUGGCCGUCUUUAUCAUGUGUUACGGAGUUGUUUCGCAAGCCUUGCUGUAUCCUAAUCACAACGAUGUCCUUUUUACUUUUCGGCGAAUGUUCAGGAGAGCGUAUUUUCACAUUUACGGAGAACUGUUCCUUGAAGAAGUCGAAUUCAUUCCGGAUGUUUCCGAACUCGAAUGUACCUACAGUCCGUCAGAAACAGCCGAAGAUGGAAUUCCAAGAUGUCCAAUUGCCGAUAGCUCUGAUCACAUGCCACUCGUUCCAAUUUUCAUGGCCACUUACAUGAUCAUUGCUAAUGUUCUUCUGCUCAAUCUUCUGAUCGCUAUGUUUGCCAAAACCUACGACAAGGUUGAAGAAGAAGCUGAAGAGGUCUCAAACUAUUUACAGUACGAGCUGAUCAUGGAAUAUUACACAAAACCGCCUCUUCCAGCGCCCCUCAAUUUUAUUUCCAUUAUUCACAGAGCGAUUUCAAAACGAAUGCAUAACGAGGACGACCAGUCUGAUUCCAAGUCUCGCUCAUUUUUCAACAGUGGCAGCACAAAACUUCUUGCAUUGGAGAAAUGGGGCACCGACAGUUAUUUCAACGAGAUUAAAACAGAAGAGCUGGCGCCUGUUCGCGAGUUGAUUCAGAACUUGGAAGACACUGUCGAUGAAAACCGAACUCAAGUCAUCAAUCAGUUCGAAAUUGUUGGAGCCUCGCAAGACGCCUUUCAGUUUAUGAUGGAACAACAUUUCAAGCAAAUGUCGGAAACGAUGCGUUGGAUGACCCAAGCGAUGGUUCAGAGCGACAUCACUGUAUCUGAGGGAGAUUAUGCCGGGCCUCCGCCGAAUAUUCAAAUUCCUCUCAAUCUGAGGCAAAUUUUAUCAAACGAUUCGAAGCAUAAAAAUCACAAAAUGGCUCGCGCUCCUUUCUAUGUUCUCCAUGCGGGAGGAAAGAUCCGACGCUUUCCGGUACCUGACGCUAGAGUCUCGUGGCAAACUGCUUAUCCCUCUUACGAUCCGGAGAAAUACUCUCAACCUGACGCUUCGUCGACUAAUAUUGACAAGCUUACUGAUGAGGAAAUGGCGGAUAUAAGAAAUCCGGUCGGCCGAACCGGUAUUUCGGGAAGAGGAAGGCUUCAAACUUUCGGUGAAAAUAGACAGCUGAUUUUACUGGUUUGGCGAUGGCUGAAUGAUGCAGACGGUGAAAAUGUGACCACGGGUGGUCAAAAUAUGAUUCAAGUUCUCGCCAUCAGAAAAACAAGAUAUCUCCAGUGGCAGUUGCCGAAAGUAUUCGCAGAUGACGAAGUUGACUUGCCCGUGCAAUUCAGGGCGAUGUUUUACGAACAGUGUUUCGGAAGAGGAACAAUGAGCGAACAUGUCAGGGAAAAUUUCAACUACAUGUUUUCGGAAUCAAACGAAGCGUACAUGUGUCCACUUCAUGAAGACUACAUCGACGAUCAUAAGAACACGGAUAAUGCAUGGGUCCACGGCACAUGUGUCGCAUUUGAGCUGAACUUCGAGGUGGAUUUUGAUACUUCCGAGGAGAUGAAAAACAACGAGCUUCUUUGCACUCUCAAUGGCUCACCAGGCGGAGUAGCAAGCUGGAUCACAAUCACAGACGGGAUCAAAAUCUACGAGCCACACCUUCACUUGAUCGAACAACUUGCUGAUCGAGAGUGCGCCCAUUUUGCCAGAAAAGUAGAAUGA